AUGUCUCAAGAUGUUGGUCACGUCGAAUUUUUAAAGAAGUGUCGCGAUCUCGGAACCUACAUCAUCAUAGGUCUCUACUCGGACGAGUCUGCUUCUUUUGAGUCUGGUCGCAUCGGUCCGAUUCUCACACUUCAGGAGCGUCUCCUUUCCUUGCUUGCUUGCAGAUACGUCAAUAAUAUAAUCAUGGAUCCACCGUACAACAUAACAGAUGCAAUGUUGGACUUCUUCAAGGUGCGUUUUCCAGCUUCUAGUGUCUCCCACUCGAUGGCUUUCCUGACCUUCACUUGGCCUUACAAAUUCACACUCGAAUUGCUGCAUUGA